AGCAUGCAGCGUUUUCCCCAUAACGAGUGCGCUUCAGAAUCUAGUGCACACACUCAUGAUAAGGACAGCUGAGGAUGUCUGACAAUGCUGAGUCCCCUACAGAAACGCAAAAAGAUGAGCCUUCAACCCCACAACAGCCUACGGAAGACUCGGGGACGGCAGACGAGAAGAAAAAAAGUUAGUUAUGAGCGAGUGUUUGACUCACAGUUAAAUGUACAGUAAGAUAUCGUGCUUUCUGUUUACAAGCAAAUCGACUGUUUACACUUCCGCAAAUGUGACCUGGAAGAGGUUGAUUGACAGUUGUCUCAGUCAAUAGAAUUUAAACAAUUUUGUAAACAGCGAAUGGUUGAUCAGGAAUGUCCAUACAUUUAAAGAGGGCAGGUACUGGCUGAAUGGCAACGUUUAGCUAGCAUUUCAUUCUAGCAUGCUGUAAAAGAUGCAGUGAAAUGAAGUUUACCUCUUACUUUAACACAUUAUCAAAAAAAAAUUAAAGGCUGAUACAUCUUUUUUUUCUUUCUUACUGCAUCAAACAGAACAUGCCAAAAUCAAUUUUCAGACGUUACAGCCUGUGUCAUGGUGAAAAUGAUCCCACAGUCCAAGAUCUACCUAUUUUUCCAUCUAACUAUAACAUAGCUGGAAACCUAUGAUAGUUUAGGUUGCAAAAUUAGGUUAUGUGGCUAAUAACACUGAUCAGGGCAUUCACUUUAGUCUAGUAGUCUAUCGUUAUGCAAUGCAAAAAUAUAUGUAUUCUCUCUCUUCCUUCUUCUCUCCCUAGUUGAUGUGUUGUUGAAGGCAGUAGGAGACACCCCCAUCAUGAAGACGAAGAAAUGGUCGGUAGAGAAAGGGAGGACAGUGCAAUCGCUCUCUCAGUUCAUCUCUCGAUUCCUCAAGAUGGAGGCCAAUGAACAGCUGGUGAGUUAUUCUGUGUAUACUUCUCAAUAGUUGUCUCUUGUCUCCUUCCCUUCAGCUAGAGGAAGUGGACAGGUGAUACCUCCGGUAUAUGCACCAAUGAGGCAAAUAUAUUUAUAACUAACCCAAGAUAGUUAAUCUGUGUCGUUUUACAGUGGGAGCAAAUAAAGCCAAGGAUGAGCUAGCAAGAUCCUAUAAAGUACCACAGUAUGAGUGAUUAUACCCAUAAAACCUAGCGGUCAAACAGGGAAAUGGUUCCAAUUGUUUUUCCACCAUUCAUUUUUCCCAUAGGGAAUUUUAGAAACACUUCAAAUAAGGGCUGUGUUUCGUGUAGGCUUACCCUGGCGUGAAGUUUUGAUAACCGUGUAAACUUCCCUCGGACAAGGUGACUUUUAUCAAUAUAUUCGCCAGUAUUUACCACCAACAAAUGAAAUGCUAAUUAACUGCUAAUGUGGCUAUCAUAAAGAACGACAAAUGCCAUGUUGAUCUUGACAAGACUGACGAAUCGAGGCAAAGUUAAGAAUCUCUGGAUUAACUAUUUAAUGUUAGCUAAAUGUAGUAAUUAAUAAAUUGGCAACAUUUCUUAAAAUGUACCUGUUAGCAAAUGUGCCAGCUAGAGAUGAAGUGCAGGAGCUUGCAGGGAUUUGUAGUCUUGCAUGAUGUGUACUUUGAUGUACAUUUGCAUAUUCAAAUCUGAGAAUAAAUAGAGGCUAAUAUAUUGAUAAAAGUCACCUUGUCUGAGAGAGAUUGACAUGGUUAUCAAAACGUCACGCCAGAGUAAGCCACACGAAACACAGACCUUCAUUUAAGUGUUUCUAAAAUCCCCUAUGGGAAAAAUGAAUGGAAAAAAUGAUUGGAACCAUUUCCCUGUUUGACCUCUAGGUUUUAUGGAUAUUAUGACCUACUUUACUUUGGCAAAGCGUCAAGUCUAUAAAACCUAGUGCACUGUGUUCGUAACAUAUUCUAGUUUUGGGAACAUAAUUUUUUUAUUGAGAUCAGAUAUUUAAUUGAUGAGAAAAUUAGCAGAAUGUCGGCCCAGUUUCACCUAGUUCCAUCCUCUCCCACUACCCGCGACUGGACUUCCUCUCACUACCAUAUUUGGUGGUGAGAAAACGAUCUAAACAGAUGCUUCAGCUUUAUAGCCCCUGUGACAUGUCUGGGUUACCCUUCUGUCUGUGACUGAGGUAUGAACUGGAGAAAGCAUCCAAGAUGGCCGACCGUUGUUUUCAACGUAAUUUACUGCCCCCUGGCCCCUUGAUAUGCACCCACUUUACCCUUUCACCUGUGACUAUAGUGCGUCAGCUUGUUCUAUGAUUCUUAACACCCAUUGCUCUCUCUCUCUCUCUCUCUCUCUCUCUCUCUCUCUCUCUCCACACACAGUUCAUUUACGUCAACCAGUCAUUCUCUCCCUCGCCUGAUCAGGAAGUAGGAGUCCUGUUUGAAGUGAGUACUUUUCAUUUGAAAUCAUUUCUGGAGGCCUUGGGAAAUGCAGUUUUUCUGUUAUUUAUUUGUCCUGUGGUGAGUUAGUUGCCCACCAGAGGGAGGUCUAAGUGAGCAGUUCCCUGUGAGACGGAACUGUUCUUAUCCUCACAGUGACUACUGUUCCCUGGGGCCAGUACACUACUGUAUGUGUUAUGUCAAUACAGGUCUUGAGUACUCACCAAUGAUGAAUAUAAACCCUGGAUUGCUGAUGCUAUGUAUUAGCCAUUGAGAGGCUAGUAACAUUAGUAAUCUAAUGUUUUUAUAUAUUUUUUUACUUUUUAUGUUUAGCUCAUAAUAUAAUUUCAAAGCAUGCAUUAAGGUGUCUGUAACAGAAUACACGUGGCAAAAACGUGACUGCAUGAGAAAAGGUGUGAGGUGAUUCUGAGAAUUUGGUUACAAAAUAACUUCUAGCCCUAGGCUACCCCUUCAGUGUUUGCAGAUCAGAAGGAACUGUAUAGAUGUUUGGCAGAAGCUCCACUAAGCUCAUUGCAAGCCUGCAUGAUGGAGCCAGCAUCACAUAUGACUUACUGUCUAAUUCUACUCAGACCUGUUAACACUGGGGUAAAUGGUAAAGGCACAGUUCUCCGAGUCAAACGGUCAGGGUAUUGGUGUCCACUUGACCCCGUCUUGACCCAUGGCCUUGACCGUUCCUAUUAAAGACCUGCUAAAAAUUCCAGCUCCCUUUCCUAUUCUUCUAAAAUAGUAACUCUUACCCUCUCUGUUUUUCAGUGUUUUGGCAGUGAUGGGAAGCUGGUUCUACAUUACUGUAAAUCUCAAGCCUGGGGUUAACAGUUUUUUUUUGUGCCUUUUUCACUUCAAACUCACGCACACCGCAUACACACACAAUAUUGUUUUUACUCCUUCCAUGUCAAAACUAAUGUUGUCAUUGCUAAUUUCUUGUUUGUGUUUUGCUGUACAUAACCCAAUGUAAAUAAAUUGUGACUAUAUAAAGUAAA